AUGGUCGCCGACGCCCUCAUCUAUCACCCGAGCGUGUCGCACUACCUCAAAUUUGUCGCGACGACUGUCGGUCGCGACAAGCUCCUGCGCACGCUGCAAUACUUCUCGCGCUUCUACGCGUGGUACCUCCUGCGCACGAAUGGCACCAAAGCCGAAAUUGCGCCGUUCGAGGCGAUGAAGAAACAGUUCGGUCUCACGCGCAAGCUGAUGCGCGUCGGCAAGAACAUCGAGCACUUCAAGGCCGCCGCCACGGCCGCCGACUCCAAGACCAUGGACCCCGUUUUGCGGUACGCCGCCGUGGGCCGCCAGCUGGGUUACGCGGGAUACCUGACGUUCGACCUGGCGACGGUGUUGGACGCUGCGGGCAUUAAGAAAUGGCAGGGCGCUACUAGGGCCGGACGGGAGGCGUACCGGUUCUGGGCUAUGGGGUUGGCGUGCAGUGUGGUCGCGCAGCUGUACACGCUUUAUCAAUUGAAGGAGCGGGAGGCCAAGGUGGAUAAGAAGGAGGGCGAGGGGGUCGUGGAGGCGAAGCGGAUUGCUAUUGAGCGAAGUGCCAGCCAACUUCAACUGCUUUCCGACCUCUGCGAUUUGACGGUCCCUACGAGUGCAUUGGGCUGGGUUGGAUUUGACGACGGCUUUGUGGGCUUGGCCGGUACCAUGAGUAGUUUGAUUGGAAUCUACUCCCAGUGGAAGAAGACUGCGUGA